ACCGUCCCCACCCAGGGGCCCCGGGCAGGGCAGCAGCUCGCUGGAGGGUUUCCUUCCUCCUGCCCCAGCCCGCGCUUCGCUAGCCACCCCGAGCACGGCUGCAAGCGCCUCUCAUGUGACCGCCGGCUUCCUGUGCGCUCCCGGCUCGGUGCCGGUGCCGCGGGACGGGACGGGACGGGACGGGCCGCGCUCGCCGCUGCCGGACGCUGCGCCCUCGCCACCAGCCCCAGCGCCAUGCUGCGCCGCAAGCCUUCCAACGCCGGCGACAAGGAGCCGGGACACAGGAAGCUUUCCCUGCAGCGUUCCAGCAGCUUCAAGGAUUUCAGCAAGUCCAAGGUCAGCUCCCCCAUGUCAAGCGAGGAGUUCAACCUGGAGGAGAAUAUCCCUGAGGAUGAUCCCAUCAGUGGCAGUCCUGAGGAGGCCGCGCGGAGCAGCGGGACCAAGCUGGGUAGGAAGUGGCGGGCAGUCAUCUCCCGCACCAUGAACCGCAAGAUGGGCAGGAUGGCAGUGAGAGUGCUGGCCGAGGGCAAGGGAGAGGUGGAGGCAGAGAGGCCAUGCCCCCUGUCCCCAGCCAGCAGCGUGGAAGAGCAGAGCCAUGACAAGGUGCCCCUGUCGUACCUGGAGCUGGAGGAGGAGGAGGACGGGUGCCCAGUCCUCGGACGCCAGAUGUCCAGCGGUGAGGCCAGCCCCAACAGGUCCCAUGUCCCCAGCCGGGCACAUCCUGAGCCCCUCCUCUCUGCAGGCAGCGACAUUCCCAGCCCUGGUGAUCCCAGGGACAGCCAGCAGCUGGAGGAGACUGUCCCAGCCUACACUGGCCCCUUCUGUGGCCGGGCCCGUGUCCACACCGACUUCACCCCCAGCCCCUAUGACAAGGACUCCCUGAAGCUGCGGAAAGGGGACAUCAUCGGCAUCAUCGAGAAGCCACCUGUGGGCACAUGGACCGGGCUGCUCCACAACAGGGUGGGCUCCUUCAAGUUCAUCUACGUGGAUGUGAUCCCUGAGGAGACGGUCCCUGCCCGCAGGAGCCGGAGCUCCAGCCGGAACAAGCGCCUCAAGCCCAAGACCCUCCAUGAGCUGCUGGAGCGCAUCAACCUGCAGGAACACACUCCCACCCUCCUGCUGAAUGGGUACCAGACCCUGGAAGACUUCAAGGAGCUGCGGGAGACCCACCUGAACGAACUGCACAUCAUGGACCCCCAGCACCGUGCCAAGUUGCUGACGGCUGCCGAGCUCCUCCUGGACUAUGACACAGCCAGUGAGCCAGAGGAUGGUGACACCACUGAGGCCCUGCCAUCGCCCUCAGAGCCCAAAGGGGACAUUCCCCGGGACUCCGGCUGCUUCGAGGGAUCAGAGACCCUGGAUGGCAGCCGGGAGGAGGCCAAGCUGGGGGGUCCUGAGGAGCAGCUGGAGGGUCUCUCCUUGGCAGAAUGCCCCUGAGCCCACCAGCACCGCCACUUUCCACUCUGGCCCAAAGAGGGGGGCUGGAUUGGAGGGGACAGCUGCUGGUGGGGGACAGGGGAGCUCCAGUGAUGGCACCUCGAGGCCCAGCUUGGCCCCUGCACCAGAGCCAGAGGUGCCCCAGGACAUUUUGCAUGGCACUGCCAGGCACCAUUGCCCCUAGGCAGGGACUCUGGGCAUGCUGGGGCAUCACACUCCCCGCCAAGGCACCACAGGCAUUGGCUGUUUUCCCCAGGUUUGCCAGCAGGCUCAGGAAGGGAGCUGGGGAUGGAAGCCGUGUGUGCAGGCAACUGAAGCCUGCCCAGGACACUGUCACGUCUCAGCAUGGACACACAGAGACCACCCCCACCCCCACCCCCCCCACCCCCUGCCCCCCCACCUGCCAUGGGGGACAGCAAGAUGCAAAUAACACAGCUAAGACACCCUGGAAGUGGGAGAUGGAGAGUCCUGGAAAUGCACAGGGAAGGGGGAAGAGGCAGCUGGCUUGGGGCAGCACAGAAAUGCAAGGGCUACAGCUCAGCCAUUUUCAAACCAAUUAAAUUUCCGUCAUUGUUUCAAAAUUAAAAAAAAUAAUAAUAAAAAGAAAAAAAAAAAAAAGAA